AUCUUUGCUUCCGUCUGUCCCUGUUACCACCACCAGUUCUACCUUCGACUACCUUCUACUGCAGCUCAAUGGAGAGUGCUUGUUAGUAAUGUUACAGCUUGCGAUGAUCUCACCAAGGGUAGGAAUGCGGUGAUCCAGACUUGUGCACUGACCACUAUUGUGCCCACAAAGGGUAAGUGCUGCGACUUGCGAACAAUAUCGACAAACAUUGGAUUUCAUCACGACGCGACGCGUCUAUAAAAUUUUGCAUCUGGCAUGCUUUCUUGACCCUCUCCUGUAUGUCUUCUACUCUCAUCUUCCUGAAAUUUAUCUCUCCUUCUGCUGCUAGCGUGACCAGUGCAGAUGGCACCAUUCUUGAACGUGUCAUCAGUCGCGCCGAUCUCUUGGAGGUAGCACCAGAUCGCGAAAAUGCACUCAUGUGUCAUGCCACCACUGAAGAACUGCGCGAAACACUCAAGCUUCGUUCUACAUCACCCCAUGCUCAAUCUCUGCAUAUAUAUCAGCGCUAUGAUUCAAGCAUGAAACUACCGAAGACUUCUGUUCGUACCUCGGUCUUUCUGUCCUCGUCAGACGUUAGUGGGACUUCAGCGACCGAAGGCUUACGACGGCGCGUCUUAUCUGCAAACGGAGGCCCAACGGAAACUCUCAAGGACAUCAGAAACCGCCUCGUCAUGGACCCCAAAGGGAACAUAUCUGUGUUUGACCCAUGGAACCCUAUUGGCCUCAGACUGAGCACCCAAGACAAGUUGAUAUCCCCUCGACCUCUGGGACCAACUCAUGUACUCGUCGUCGUCGAUGCUUCAGAGGUCUCAGAAACCGCGUCUCAAAAGCGUACCGUCUGUGCCCGCUCGAUCCAAACGCCGAUUAAUGAUCUUCUGUUCAAAUUGAACGCGCCUAACCUUUCGAAAGAACCCAAGCUUCCGCCUCGUAUGCAUCAGGAGCUUCCCCGGGUCGGUAUUCGAGUUCCGCACAUUGAGACGUUUCGUAUCCUAGUGAUCUUUUUGCACACGCGCAACCGGAUCGAACUGAUGCGUGCCGUGCUUCCGGAAUGGAUCAGAGAUAUCAUGCAGCAAAGGUUAACAGUAUCUCGGCUUGCUGUCCCUGCUCAACACGUUGAGUUCAAGGAGAAGAAGAAGACAAAACUGCUUGGUAUUUUGAGCCUGGGCUCCAUGUCCACGGAAAGUUUUACGUCGGUUGCGCCUGUGGACCCUGACCCUGAUCGUCUACUGGAUAAAGUUGCUGGGGAGGUCGCAGAAGCGUCGCGAGAUGAUGAUGCAUUCGGACGCGAUCUUGUGGAGGCUACGGCUACGCUCAAUGCAUUGCGCGAUAACUUGACCUUCAUCGGAUUUCAUGAAAAGUCACUGUGGGCCGAGCUAGAUGAGUGUAGCGAUGUUUUGUAUCGAGCCAUCGCCCUUACCUCCGACCCCAAAGAUAGCACGUUACAGCCCUCGUCGUUGUACGAAGUAAUCUAGGUAUUAGGAUGUAUAUAUUUCUUGGCCUGGUGAUACUAUUCAUUCCCUGUCACUAAAAUCUGCUGUCACACAGUCGUGGCUUCAUCCCCGCAUAUCUUUCCCCCGGUCUUUUUGUAAUUUUGUAGUGAUAUAUUGUAAUAGUGUCGGGUAUAAAAUUUCCAAGAGAUGCGAAGAAGAG